AUGCAGUCGUCAAACGAUCCUGCUGCUGCUAACAAUAACAGCAAUAAUAACAGUAACAGCGUCAACCAACCGAGCUGCUCGAAAACUUCGAAUCAGGGUGCACCAUCAAUGAAUUAUCAAGUGACUCCUGAAUUAAUUCAAUAUGUGGACAGUUUCAAAUUUCCAUAUAUGAAUGAUGUAAGUAAGUAUGAAAAAUUGACUAAAAUUGGUCAAGGAACAUUUGGUGAAGUUUUUAAAGCGCAGUGUCGGGAAACUAAACGAAUAGUUGCCUUAAAAAAGAUAUUAAUGGAAAAUGAAAAAGAAGGAUUUCCAAUCACAGCUUUACGAGAAGUUAAAAUGCUUCAAAAAUUGAAACACAAGCAUAUUACUGAACUAAUCGAAAUUUGCAGUGAUAGAUCGUCUCCAAGAAAUCGGGAACGCACUACAUUUUACUUGGUGUUUGCUUUUUGUGAUCAUGAUUUGGCUGGUUUAUUGUCGAAUUCAAAUGUUAGAAUAACACUUGUUCAUGCCAAAACGCUCAUGAAACAUCUACUAGAAGGCUUAUAUCAAAUCCAUUAUGCAAAAAUAUUGCAUCGAGAUAUGAAAGCUGCUAAUGUUCUGAUUACAAAAGAUGGUAUACUCAAAUUGGCCGACUUUGGAUUGGCUAGACCAUUAUUCACAAAAAUACCAGGUCAACCUGAACGUUGCUAUACAAACCGCGUUGUUACUCUUUGGUAUCGUCCUCCAGAACUUUUACUUGGGGAGCGUCACUAUGGACCACAGAUCGAUAUGUGGGGUGCUGGAUGCAUUAUGGCUGAACUGUGGACACGGACCCCUAUUUUGCAGGGUGAAAGUGAACAAAAACAGUUGUUCCUUAUUUCUUACCUUUGCGGGAGUAUUAAUGCACAGUCAUGGCGUGGAGUCGAAAAUCUUCCUUUAUAUACGCGACUGGAAUUGCCACAGAAUUAUCGUCAGUGUCUGUACAUAUUAAACAUUUUGAAUUUGUAUCAUUUCUUUAGAUUGGAAUUUCAAUUAUUUUUUAAUAGUAAUGACGCCUUAAAUCUUAUUGACAGUUUAUUGGUACUUGAUCCCGCAUCACGUCUAAGUGCUGAACAAGCACUUGAUCAUGCAUUUUUUUUUACUCCACCAUUGCCUACACCUGACGUCCGCGACUUGAUGAGUACAAUAACGACAAAUCUUUUUGAAUACACGGCUGGUCGUGGUGCUCAUACAGGUCGCGGACGUGGUGGUCACGGCCAACGUCAAAAUCCACGUGCACCAAACGCUUCUAAUCAAGGACAAUUCAUGGAUUUAGUUUUUUAA